CUAGCUGUCCAUUAAUGUCAGGUAUUUCUGGACUUGAACCUAUUUCUGCACACUAAGGAUAUUUUGAGUAGACCUCUAAAGCACUUUUGCUGUGAUGCUAUGGCUCAGGAGAAGAAGGCAGGUCUGCUUAGGAGGACAUCCUCGUCUAAGAAACCUCUUAAAGAAAAAGUUGUACUGAUGUAUGAUGAAAUAUUUACGAAGGAUGACCCUGCCAAGACUAACCCUCGCUUCUGGGAUGAGCUAUUUUUGAUGAAGGUAAACUUGGAGUAUCUGGAAGGCAAACUGGAGUCUUUGGAUGGAGAUGAAGUAAUGGUGGUCAAGGAUAACAUCAAUAGUCUGUUCCACCACUGUGUGCUUGCCUUAGAAGAGGAGCACCAGAUCAAAGUAGUGAAUGCUCUUCAGACUCUCUGUGCACUGUUUAGAGGAGUACAUCAGAAAAACAAAUCGGCUACCGGCUUUGACAUAAUCAACAUGUUGGUGGGAUUUGACAAAGCUGAGCUUAGAAUGAAGGAUUUAAUGGAGAGCCUGGACAGUCUGCUGUGUGGAGAUGGUUCAGAGAGCUUAAAGAGUCUAUGCCUGAAGUUGUUACUGUGUCUGGUUACUGUCACAGACAAUAUUAGUCAGAAUACUAUACUGGAAUAUGUCAUGAUCAACAGUAUAUUUGAAGCCAUUCUGCAGAUUGUGUCUGAUGUAUCCAGUAGAGGGCAGCAUGGAUACGAUGCUGUGGUCCUCCUGGCUCUCCUGGUGAACUACAGAAAAUACGAGUCCGUCAAUCCCUACAUUGUGAAAUUGUCUAUAGUGGAUGAUGAGCCAACUUUAGAUGGUUUGGGCAUGGUUGUACACCAGGCACUUACAGAAUACAAUAGGCAGUACAAAAACAAAGAGGAGGAGAACCAUGGAGGCUUUUUCUCUACUCUGACUAGCAUGGUAGGCAAUAUGUUUAUUGCUGACACAGAGGAGAAGCUGUCAGUACAGACUAAUGAAGCGAUCCUGCUUGCUUUAUAUGAGGCAGUUCAUCUCAACAGAAAUUUCAUUACUGUACUUGCACAAAGUCAUCCAGAAAUUGAGAUGACAGCUGCACCAGUGACCCCCAUCCCAACUACGCCUACUUCUCUGGGCACCACCCCUCCGUCUCUUGACAUGAUGCACAAUCCUGAACUGCCCUUGGACCCCAACCUACAGACGAGUAACCUCCUCAUCACCUUCCUGAAGUACUCUUCAAUUGUCAUGCAAGACACCAAAGAUGAACACAGACUUAACAGUGCCCGACUGUGUCUCAUCAUUCUUACCUGUAUAGCUGAGGACCAGUAUGCAGAUGCUUUUCUCCACGACGACAACAUGAACUUCAGAGUAAAUUUACACAGAAUGCCAAUGAGACACAGAAAAAAAGCUGCAGACAAGACCAUUCCAUCUCGGCCCCUGGUGUGCGCUGUCUUGGAUUUGAUGGUUGAGUUCAUUGUCACUCAUAUGAUGAAAGAAUUUCCUAUGGACCUCUACAUGCGAUGUGUUCAGAUCAUUCACAAGCUGAUCUGCUAUCAGAAGAAGUGCAGAAUCAGACUACACUAUACUUGGCGAGAACUCUGGUCAGCUCUCAUUAACUUGCUGAAGUUCCUGCUGUCAAAUGAGACUACCUUGCUGGCCAAGCACAAUAUAUUCCAACUGGCUCUACAGGUUGUCAGCCUCUUUAAUAUGUUCAUUACAUACGGGGACACAUUCCUACCCACACCUAGCAGUUAUGAUGAGCUGUAUUACGAGAUUGUUCGUAUGCACCAGGUCUUUGAUAACCUUUAUUGUAUGGUUCUCAGGGUUUCCACCAACGUUGGCCAGUGGAAGGAGCCUGCUAGUAAAGUCACUUAUGCCCUAGUUAAUGUCAGGGCCAUCAUUAACCAUUUCAACCCUAAGAUCGAGUCCUAUGCUGCCGUGAACCACAUUUCUCAACUUUCGGAGGAUCAGGUUCUGGAAGUGGUACGCUCCAACUAUGACACACUAACAUUAAAGCUUCAGGAUGGUUUAGACCAGUUUGAGCGCUAUUCAGAACAACCCAAGGAGACGGCCUUCUUCAAGGAGCUGGUGCGCUCAAUCAGUGUGAAUGUGAGGAAAAAUGUCUCUCUCAACACUCUGAGCCAGGAUGUUCUUCUGAAGGAAUUCUCUUCCAUAUCCUGAGACCGCUGUUUAUGUGUACUGAAUUGCUGAGAAUUAUGAAAGGCUUGAUGGCCUAAAAUGCGUUUGAUAUGUAUCUGUUGUUCUUUUCUUCCUUAAGUAUCAGGUAUUUUGUUUUAAUUGAUUGUUUACUGGAACUCUCUUUUUUUGUUCCUAUGCAGUCUAUACUUUUUUUUUUCACACAGUAAUGGAAUUAAUAUCAUAUUUUUAAAUUUGGAUAUGAAAAUCCUACCUAAACAGUUAAAUCAACCUGAAUGAAUGUACAGAGUACUCAGUAGCAAAUGUUGAUAACAUGUAAAUUAGGUUAAUGGCUGGGUUAAUAAUCAUCAAUUUUGCAUUAUGUCCUGUCAGAUUUUAUGUUUAAAAUUGUUAACUAUGUAUAUAUUUGCCAUAAUGGCCAAAGAAAAAUUAUACUUUUUGUUUACCUCUUAGGAUAAAUCUGACUACAUAUACAAGUACAGUCAGGCAGGUUUCAAUUUUGGACUGCACUUCAGCUCAGUCACACACUGAAUGAAGACUUUCAGUCUCAAGUGCUCCUACAUCCUUUGUGUUUUAAUAUUUUGGCUUUUGCUACAUGUGAUUUCACUUCUUUUUUAAUGCACGGUAAUCACAUAGGCAACCAUUUUCUUUGAAUAGUUUCUCAUGGAAAAAAUUAAACUUGAAACUGA